GAAAAGGAAGUUAAUUUUAAAAUCUGAAGAAACAAAAUCGAAAAAUAGGUAAACCCGCGCAGUGAAGGUGUUUGUGCUGAGUCUGCAGCGAGGCGAGUAGGUUAUUGGAAUGGAAGAGCAGAAGCAGGAGGAAAGCCUGAAGCAUUUGGGUGAAGAAGAAGAAGAAGAAGAAGAAGAAUCGGUGUCGGAAUCGGUGCGGGAUUUACCCUCCGACGCCGUCAAGGAAUUGUUGUCGGAAGGGGUAUGCGCCCGUUGCGUCUUUCGCCUCUUCGGCCUCCAAGGCCGUGUCUAUGCUUCUCCUCCUUCCCUCUCUUUUCUCUCCUCUCUCUCCGCCACCACACAUCAACUUUGCACGCUUUGCUUCGGGAUUCUGCAGUUCACGUAUUAUUCAGACGACACCCAAACUCCCCUUCAAAAUCAGAACCUCCCACUUCUCAUUGCUGACACCGUUAAACGACUCGCCUAUCAGUUCCAUACCUUUUCCCUUGAAGUUUCUAUCCCGCCAAUCAUUCUCAACAAUGAUAACUCUCUUCGCUCAUAUAUGAAAACCAAAUUCGGGUCUCAAUCUUGGUUCCAAGAAAACUUGCUCACUGGAUGCAUAUCUACAAAGGAUGCCUUAAAAUUUUCUCUGAUAUAUCCUCUUAAAAAUCUUCUGGAAUGUAAAUCGAGUAUGGGCAAUUUCCGCAUUCGUUUGACUUACACUCACACAAAAGCAUCGAAGGGGGAUCAGAACCGGUCAGAUAGUGCCGAGACUUGCAAGAGAAGAAAAAUAGGAGAGUCCAAUCUUGUUGGAGAAAUACCUAUUAGCAAAUCACUUGAGAAUGAUUCCUCUGACGGCUGUGAAUUCUUGCUAGAAAAGGCAAACGAGCCUUGCCAUUUUACAUUAUUUUGCUACAGGACGCCUUUCUAUUUUGGUGGAAGAUACCUGAAGUAUUCACGGAAUGUGAGUCAAACAUGCUGGAUCAUUGAUGAUGAAAGAAUGGGAGAAGCAUCGGUUGAAGAAAUAAUUGGUGGAAACAUCCUCCAAGCCUGCCAAGGUGAUGGUUUUAAGUUUCACGCUGCAGGCAGAGAAGAUAUCGAUGUCCGAAUGUUGGGUCCAGGCAGGCCCUUUCUUGUUGAGGUGCAAAAUGCACGGCAUAUCCCAUCUGAACUGUUUGUAAAAGAUGUAGAGAAAAAGAUAAAUAACAUGGAGAAUAAAUUGGUUAGGGUGAAAAAUCUGAAACUUGUUGGUAGUGAAGGCUGGGACCUUAUGCGUGAAGGUGAAGCAGAGAAGCAGAAACAAUAUGCUGCUUUAGUGUGGAUAUCUCGUCCUCUAAAGGAUGAAGAUUUUCAAUGUAUUUCUUCACACAAGGAUUUGAAAGUUUUGCAGAGGACCCCAAUAAGGGUGCUACAUCGUCGCAGUCCUUUAGAGCGGGAAAAGAUUAUUCAUUGGAUGAAAAUAGAGGCAAUUGCUGGAAGUUCCCAAUAUUUUCUUCUGCACCUAUGUACACAGGCUGGGACCUAUAUCAAGGAAUUUGUUCAUGGAGAUCUUGGACGCACCUAUCCUAGCAUUGGAUCAAUUUUGGGUUGCAGAGCUGAAAUUUUGCAACUUGAUGUCACAGACAUAAAAAUGGAAUGUUUCCUGACAUAAAUCCGUUUUUAAAUCAUGGCUGCUAGACUU